UUGCUUCUCCUCGCCUCUUCUCCCCCCGGUCUGAGUUACCUGGAUGGUUUGCCCCGCGGGGGAAGCAGCCGGGCCCCCAACUAGCUUGCAAUAGAGCUCUAGGCGGGGCCUCCCGCCCUCGUCCUGGCCGCAGGUGGCGGUCGCCCAAAUCCUGGCUGUCUCCGCCAGGUUGAAGUAGGGCGGAUGGAGGCUGAGUCCCCGCGUCUGGGAAUCGUCCGGGGAAGCCAUCUGAGAGUCUGCGAAGCAGCAGUGGGACCAGAGUGCCAAGACGAUCCCGGCCAUCGCCGCGCCCGGCGGCGUCGGGGCUGUAGCCCGGCUCCUCGCCAUCCUCGCUGGGCUCCCUUCCGGCAUGUACGAAGCGACCCCUGCCCGUGUUUGUUUAUGCCGCGCGGAGUUACUGACCCAAGGAGGAAGGGCAGCAGGAGAUCGGCCUCCCCCCGCUCCUCCUGCGCGCCUUUGUUUUCUGCCGAUUGGCCCGAAGGGCACAGAAAAGGAAAGGAGGCGGUGGAGGAGGCGGCACCGAAUACACCCCCUGCUGCUCGGCCGACCGCUUCGCAGGAUCUAGGGAGAAGACGCACGCAGCCUACAUUGUGGAGACUACGAUUACGCCACAAAGAUUUCGAUUUCUGAGGGGGCAAAGGGAGGGCAAGUGAGCUAUUGUGAUCCCUCCGUUGAGAUUGUUUCUAGUCAAGGAAACAGCUUGCAGUCAUAAUACCUGCCACAUGCAGGCACAGGGGAGUCCCCAUCGUAACGCAGAGAGACUAGCCCCAUAUGGGUUGAAACGAGAGUUGAUAAAGCGCCCUGCUGACUCCAGAUCCAGAAUCAGCACUCAGAGACCAACGGUAUCGCUUGGUAGCGCAGCUAAAACAUGCAAUACUGAGCGUGAGCGCGCACUUCUUACGACCAGCUGUACAUCACUUUCGCUCUGGUUGCAAGCUCAGCAACUGCUGCUUGCGGUGUAACCUAACCGAGCGAGGGAAUUCUCCAAGGGCGCAAUGAUGAGAGAACAAAGCGUGCAACUCCCGAAGAAGAGCAGGCCUCGUGCUGCUGCUGCUGGUAGUGUCGGCUCUCUGGUUGGCAGCCUGCCGCCGCUCUUACUCAGACGCCGACUCGGGCGCGGUGCUGGUGCUGCUGCCUGCAGCCCUGCAGCCCACUCUGCUUCAGUCGCUCUUCAGGGCGAGCCACUGAUCGCUCCCGUGCCAACGCCGGAGAAGGCCCGGGAAGGCAGAGCUGCUGGGGAGGCGAUGCAACUUCACUGGAUGUGUCAGGCAUGAACCGCCUCGGUAAUCUUAACAUGUCUUUCAAGAAGGAGACACCACUUGCAAAUGCUGCAUUUUGGGCUGCAAGGAAAGGAAACUUGGCACUUCUUCAGCUGCUGUUGAACAGUGGGCGUGUCGAUGUGGACUGCAAAGACAGUCUUGGUUCAACAGCUCUUAUGGUAGCAUCUUACUACGGUCACAAAGAAUGCGUGCAAGAAUUGGUGUUGCAAGGAGCUGAUAUCAAUCUUCAGAGAGAGUCUGGUGCCACUGCCCUGUUCUUUGCUGCACAGCAAGGUCACAGCGAGAUUGUGAAGUUUCUCUUUGAGUAUGGUGCUUCCACAGAAUUUAAAACCAAAGAUGGAGGCACUGCUCUGCUAGCUGCAUGUCAGUAUGGGCACAUGACAGUGGUGGAAACAUUGCUGAAGCACGGUGCCAACAUUCACGAUCAGCUUUAUGAUGGAGCUACUGCCCUUUUCCUGGCUGCCCAGGGAGGCUACCUGGAUUUAAUUCGGUUAUUACUAUCUUCAGGAGCAAAGGUGAACCAGCCAAGGCAGGAUGGGAUAGCUCCAUUGUGGAUAGCUUCUCAGAUGGGCCAUAGUGAAGUUGUGCGCGUGAUGCUGCUCCGAGGAGCAGAUCGAGAUGCUGCAAGGAAUGAUGGCACAACUGCUUUACUUAAAGCUGCAAACAAAGGAUAUAGUGAUGUUAUAGAGGAAUUGCUUAAGUUCUCCCCUGCACUUGGCUUAUUGAAGAAUGGGACAUCAGCUCUCCAUGCAGCUGUUCUUGGUGGCAACAUUAGAGCAGUAGCACUACUCCUGGAAGCAGGAGCAGAUCCGUUCCUUAGAAAUAAGAGCAACACAUGCCGUGGGAGCAAAGAUAAGGACUGGAAGCAUUCUUUAAUUAUACUUUGAUGUCUCUCUCAACAAAAACAUACAUUGUUUCUCCAACUCCAAAGGAAGACAUAGCUGAGAAACAAAGACUUUCAAUGAUACAAUUCUAAUUCAGCAGUAUCUGGAAGGUAACAGGUUAGUCACCCCAAAACUAAAUAUUAAUGCAGCCCAAUCCUAUGAAUGUGUGUUAGAAUUAUCUGGUAACCUAUUCUUCAGUCUGAUGUCUUUCAAGCACUUUAAAUGACAUUAAACAAUGUUAAUUGAAAGGCAGUUCCACUGAGUUCCAUAGAUAUUUCUUCCUAGUAAACAAAUUCUAGGAUGUGUGCAACCCAAAUUACAUGUAUGUAUACAUUUGUGAGGGGAAAGUUCCUAAGGAAAUUAAGUAAUUUACCCCAGUUAUGACCACUACAUAAGUAUUCAGUCAUUGUGUGUUUGGCAGCUGUUCUGAUAUCUCUGAAAAAAGGUCUCCUUUAAGUUGUUUAUAUACGAGCUACAGCAUAAACUUUUGUUAAUAGGUUAACUAGUACACCCCAGCCAAAUACAUGCAAGUCUUACGUUACAUCUUUAUUUUCUGUUACUAAUUUACUGCUGUGGUGGGUGAAUUGGAUCAGCAGAUUCUGAGCUUUGACAGGGAGGCGGGGUUGCCCACCUGGCAGUCUCCUUACAUCACCAUGACAUCAGGUGACUCAGCUUCAAAGGAAAAAAUCAAAAGUGCUCCUGGUUGCUUCUUUCUUGGCAGGUGCUACACGCAUUAGCCACGCCUGCAAAGGAACAGUGGAAGCUGCUGGCUCCAAUGUCAGUGGGGCAGUGAAUCCACUCUUGGUUUUAGUCCGAAAUUUCAAGGAGUUGUCUAAGGUCCUUUCAGCCCCAGAAAAGGGCAAGCAGAACUCCACUCAUGCAGUGGGGAUUUCCUAGCUCUUCCCCCCAUUACAGUCCCGCGUGUCAGAAGUAGGGAUGGGGGAGAAAUUUGGUUCAGUUCACAUUUAAAGCUGAAUCUAUCAAAUUCACACUUAUCAAAACAAUAUGAGAACCAAAACACAGCCAUCCUUUGAAAUUCAGUUAUCCGAAUUUUGUGAUGCAGUUCUCCAACCAUUGUUUACAAAAAUGCAUAUAUUGGGGGAAAGUGUACAUACAAAUGAAUAUAUUGUGAAAAUAACAUAAAAAUGCAAUGCAUUAGGAGAAAUAGCUUGCAAAAUGUGUACAUUAUUCACAACUGCAUACAUAAUGUGUACAUUAUUCACAACUGCAUACAAAAACAUGUUUAUUAAGACAAAUUCCCAUUAAAAUAUUGAAGAUUUUCACAAGGAUUUUUUAAAAAAAAUUGCAAAUUGAUGCAGAAAUGUGAAGAACUGAACUUUAAGAAUGGAAAUAUGAGAAACUGAGAAUUCAGAUCCUUCCAUGGAAGCUGCUCCUGAAGGUCAAGGAACCUUCUGGCAAAUCACUGGAUCCAGGUGAGGUUGUUUGAACAAGACCCUCUUAGACCUAAGCUAGGGAUGGGUAAACUGUGGCUCUUCAGAUGUUAUUGGAUUCCAACUCCAUAAGAGCAGCCAGUGUGGCCAGUAGUUAGGGAUGAUGGGACUUGUAGUCCAGCAAUUACUGGAGGGCCAUAGGCUAGCCACCCCUAAUCUGAACAAUUCUUCACAAGCCUACCUUGAAUUAUAGUCUCUGAUAAACAAGGAUGAUGAAAGGCUCAAUAAUACAACAUUGAUGUAUUCUUUAAUAAGAAGUGUGGGCAUAGCCCACAGUUGAAUGCAGAUGCUCUUGGAGAAUGUUCCUUGAGCUCUGGUAUAUGUAAGCCAGAUGGAGAAAAUCCUCUCUCUGAUUUCCAACCAACUUGUGUCUUGUUUCAGAAAAAUGAACUGCCUUCAGAUCUAACGAAAAACGAGCGCAUCUUACGGCUCCUGCAGUCCAGAGAAAAGCAGAGAAAGAGCUAAACAACUUUGCAUCUUGAGAGAGAGCCAAUGAGCCCUGCCCAUACUCACUCUCAAGCAAAGCCAGCGUUCCUGCAGAACUGGAAAUGUUUUGCUAACUCAAGCAUGCCCUGGCUCCUCCUCUCUGAAUGAGGUUAGGAUUCUUCAUGGAGUCUUAAGACUACUUAACUCACCAGGUUGUCUCUGGCUUCGGAUGGAGGGAGGACUGGGUCCCUAACGUAUCUUUCCUGAAUGAAGCCCUUUUUUGUUCCAGAGAAAUCUCUUUACUGUAGCAUUAUCUGUUCCUUGAAGAAAACCUCCUGAUCCUUCUCAGUAGUGCUCUGGAUGGUCCUGUUUGGUCUGAGUCAUUCUCAGGCUAUGCAGAUGACAUGGCACAGAUGGGACUAACAGUUGGGUUUCCCAUAGUGCUUCAGGUUUCCUUUGUAGCCAUUAUUCUAACUGCCUUUUUCCUCAUUGGUAUCAUGAAGGUUUGUGAUAAAAAUAUGGGAUGUUUAGUUACUUGCAGCAUGGAACGUAGCCGCCAUAGUGCAGGGGUGGGAUACCUUCUUUGAUUGAGGGCUGUUCCCUUGAGGCUUGACUGUUGAGGGGGCACAUGCUGGGAGGGGGAGAAAAGAAGCUGCCAGAGAGGAAAUAGGGCCAAAAGUGGGUACCACUCCCUUGUCUCUCUCUUCCUCCCCACCCAGUGGUCUGCUGGGGGAGGGACAGCUUGCUCUUGCCAGAGGUCUGAACUGACCCAGUCACAGAGGGCUUUUGCAAUUAGGCAGAGAGUCACAUGCAUCCCUGUGGCUAUUAGUUGCCCACCUCUGUCAUAAUUGGGAUAAUUAGCAUUAUUUAAUACUGGGGUCCACUACAUAAUAUAUUUUUACUACCCAAAUAAUAUACCUAUUACCAUUAUUUAAUACUGGGGUGCACUUCAUAAAUUAUAUUUUUACUACCCAAAUGCUGAUUGACUACCCAAUGAUGCUUUCCAUCUGUUUGUUUAUUGCUUACCUAGUGAUGCUUUCCAUAGAUUUGUAUACUGCCCUUCAAGUUCUUCAUUCGAGGGUGGUUCACAAUGCAUAUUAAACGUUCCUAAAUCUAAGAAAGGCAUAAAGCAUGGUUAUACAUCAGUACCUGUUUUGUCUACUAUGCAAAUAUGUUGUGGAUCUUUUGGAACUGUACAAUAGGCUAGGAACUCAUCAAGUAGGAAAGGCUAGCAGACACAUGUCCCAUGCAAUUUAAGUCAAUUUGUAAAUAGAUUUACCUUCAUUCUGGAAUGAGAUAUUUAAAAUGGGCAAAUAAUACAUUUCAGUUCACAUGCUCCUUAUUUAAAAUUGCUGCAAAUGUUCAGGAUUUAUAUGAUACUUUUCAUGAACUGGCUAUUCAGAGGGGCGAGGGGCAGAGAAGUAAACCAAUAUAGGAUGGAAUAAGUUUCUGUGUCUGUAAGGCCUCUGGAGAACAUAAAGAAUGAAGUGGGCAGUGAAAGCAUAUUACUCUGUAAAAGGAUACAGUUAAGGGGAUCCUUGUGAAAUCGAACCAAUGGUACAUUUAGUCUAAUAUACUUUUCCCAACAGUAGCCCACCAGAUGCACCUUAGAAACUCACUUCAUGGCAACUAUUGUUUCCAUACUGUUGUGCCUCCACUGGUAUGUUUUAUUUAAGGCAUUUAUAUACCACAGAAUUAUUAUAUACCACUUAAUCAUUUCUAUUCAGUGGUGUGCUAUCUCCGAACAAGGAGGUUCUGUUUAUUUAUUUAGUUAACAAAAGUUAUAAUCAAAAAACAAAGAAACCCAAACUUCUAAAGUGGUUUAGAUAAAAAUAGUAUAUAAUUUAGCUGUCAUAGCUAUUAACCAUUGAUAAAUGCAUUAAUCCCUUUCAAAGCCAUCUAAGCCAAUGAGUAGAAGUACUAGAGAUAGUCACCAAGAACUGAUCUUCCAUGAUGCCAGUCUGCAAUAUAUUUUAGCCAUGAGAUAAUACUGUACAGGUGCUAACCCAUCUUUACUAUUUAUCAGCCACUGUGAAUUGGACUUUCUACAAAAACUGAAUUAUGGGCAGGUGUCCUACUGAACAGAUAAAACCAGUGGAGUUGGGACAUUCAAAUCAAUAAAUGGUGCUUACAACAAAACAUGUGUCUGAUAAUUUGCAGCAGCCUAUGUUUCUAGCAAUAUCAAGGCUGAUAUUGAUAACUCCAGCUGCCAUAUGUCUGAAACAUUAUUCCAUCUGUCAUUAUGAAGGGAUUGUGUUUAUGAUAUAAUCCUAUCCCUGUGAACUACUAUAUUAAUAUGCCAAUUCUUGUUAGCUAUAACUAGGUACCAGUCAUUGAGGGUCUCAGGUGGUUUUAUAAUUCAUUAUCACAAAUUUCAUACUACCCAUUUUCAAAGCAUUAGUUGCUGGUGUUGGUGUGGACAGUGCCCUGGGAAAUUAAAUAUCCUUUUCAAAGGUUGCAGGCUCAAAAUUCAGCUGAAAUAUUGUAGUUACCUUGGUAAAUAACAAUAAUAAAACUUUGCUAUUAUUCAAGAGUACAAGUCAUUUUGAGGCACACUGUUGAUUUGAAGGAACAUAGCUACUGCGAUUACAAAAACGAGUCUAAUCUAUAGGAGGAAGAGAAGAAGUGAAACAAGCCUAGUGAAUUUCAAACAAAGAAAUGCACUUUUGCUAAUAAAAUGCUGAUUAUUUUUAAAAAGUAUGUUGGAGCACUAUGCGUAGCACAAGAUAAAAGAUCAAGCAGCUUGUGUGGGUUAUUGUUAAUUCUGUGAAAUGUAAUUUAAUGGUUGGGGUUCUUUUACUUGUAUAUGUGCUUUAAAUAAAUGAGGUAUUUUAAAAAAUGUGUGGAGUCAUAAAACACUGCGGGUUUGAGUGCUUGCUCUAGGGAACGUCUGGCCCUUUAGAUAUUGUUGGACUCCUAUCAUCCCUAGCUAGUAUGGCCAAUAGUUAGGGGUGAUGGGAUUGCAGUCCAGCAACAUCUGGAGGGUAGAGCUUCCCCAUCUGUAGUAUAAUUAAACUUGGUGAUCUUUUUUACAAGAAGGUGUCACUGAUAAACUGAAAGCACAUUUUGCAAUUCCUUGUAUUAAUGAUUAUGGGAAGAUAUAUUGGAUAGCACUGCAUCACAGCAGUGAUGACUAUGUUCUUGCUAAAUUUAGCCUUUGAAGCUGAGGAGAAUGCAAACUAGAAUUGGUUAUAGCCAUUCUUUAGUUGCUACUUGUAAACUUAAGUCAGACUUCCUUCCCUUUAAAAGCUACUUAUUUAAGUUGAAGCCUGGCAGUCAAGUCUCUUGCCUUCCUAUUUACCAGUCGAACUUUGCCAGGGAUAGGGAGGGUGCCAGUAUUGCUGAAAAUCAGAUCAGCCAGUGUUAAACUUAGGCAAGAUUUGUAUCUCCCAAAUUAUCCCUAGAUAGGACUAGUAAAGAUUCCCGUCGGAAACCUGUAGAACCGCUGCCAGUUAGUGCAGACUGGCCUUCCCCACUCUGGUGCCCCGGCACGGUCAAUGAUCAGGGAUGAUGAGAAAUGUAGUCUGUACUCUGGAGAGCAGCAGGUUGGGGAAGGCUGGUGUAGACAGCAAUGAGCUAGAUGGACCAAUGGUCUACCGCCAUAUAAGACAACUUGUGCUGAGUGCAAAUGUAUGUCUGUGAUAGUAAUGCUGGUAUAUUGUUUUUAUUAAUUGCAUUUAUUUGUUGCUUUAUAGAAAAAAUGCCUCAAAGCAACUUACAACACCAUAAAAUACAAAACAGAUAAAAACAAUCUAUGUCUGAUUAUAGUAUGGUGUUGCUUUAGUUAAAAAACAAAAAACUGUCAUGUUAUAAUGUUAUGUUUUGAUGUAAGUGUAGCUAGUCAGGGCUGUGAAGUCGGUAUGACAAACCUUUGACUCCAACUCCUCUAUUUUUCUACUGUCUGACUCUGACUUCGACUCCACCCAAAAUUGCUUCCAACUCCACAGCCCUAAAAGGGCUGUAAAUGUCUUUUUAAAUUGGAAGCUCUCAUAGGAGCAUUUUUAUCGCUGCCUGAAUAUGCGCUGAUCUUGGCAUCACAGCAUUUGUCUUCAUCUGGGUCCUGUGUCAUACACUGACACACAAAAUGUUUUCCAUCUUGAGUUAUGGUGAAAUGCUCAACUACAUCUGACUUGAUGGGAAGCUUCUUUGACAUUUUGAAUUUAUAUUUUAAAAAAAUUGUCAAUCAAAAUUUAUUUUGAAGUUGGAGUCAGUACAUUUCUACCGACUCCAGCUCCACCCAAAAUUGCUCCUGACUCAGACUCUGACUCCACAGCCCUGUAGCUAGUUAAUAUGAUGAUGCAGUUAUUCUUAUGGUAUACCUGUGAGGCCUUAAAUUAUAUUACAAACCUGGAACUUUAUGCCUUUUGUGACAGCCUUUAGAAUUAUUAUUUGCGAUAUACAAAUAAUAAAAUUCAUUUAAAACCUCUGACAUAUAAUGCUUGAAUAAAAGAAAUACCCAGGCAUAAUUUUCUAGUUAGUACUUAGCUACAAUAAAAUUUGUGAAGUUCAACACCAAACAAACUUGGAUUAAGCUGCUCUUAUUAUGUCAAAUACUAUAGUCACAUUUCCUUUCAGUGACUUAAGGUGUAAACGGUGCUUCCAGACUGGCACCUUCUUGCACUACCCAGACAUUUGUCUUUCACUGUAAGUUGCUGUGUGUGUAUGUGUGUGUACAUCCUGCUGUGCUCCAUGCAUGCUAGUGGGAAUGACAUAGCCAUGUGGGUGGGAGAAGGACGAUUCAUGUGAGCCUCCCAUUUUAGAAGCAUGCUUUUUAAAAACGCUAUUUAAAAAUUAUGUGGUGACACUUUCAGUUAAGUGCUACUGCACAAUUUUUUUUAAAAAAAGUAGGCUAAAAAUAUUUUGACACAAAUUAAAAGAUUGAAGAAUACUGCUAAUUCUAGAAUAGUGCCAGCUAGAAAGGCUUAAAAAAUCAUCUCCCUCCAGAUAAAAUUGAGCUAAAACUUUUUCAUUUAAGCACUCUUAUGUAAAUAUUUUAAUAAUUAAAAUAAUUAUAGGCAAAAAUAAUUUAUUACAAAUUAAAGAAUAAUAAACAUGCUUCCAAUGUGGUGCUGACCAGAAAGGUAAUGGUGAAGGUGUGCUGAACUGUAGAUGCCUGGUGAUAGGUUGAUCUGCCUAAUAUGUCACUGCACACACUUGCAGAGAUUGUGCUACUGUCCUUUUCUUUCAAAGGAAAAAAAAGGGUUUUUUCCCCAAGAGUUGAGAAGAGAUCAAAUUACCAUAGGAGAAAAAAACAGCAGCACAAUGAUUUCAUGACAGAAUUGUGCAGAUGCCCUGUAAAAAGUGAGUUAACCAAGUGUGGCAAUUUCAGAGUAAAUAUCUAGUGUGGAAGCACCAACAGAACAGCCCCCCCCCUUUAAAUACUGCCAAUGGAAAGGACAGGAUCCUGUCAAAAUGCUUUUGGUGGAAUCCUAUUUAUACUGUAGUGUUAGAACAGCAGUUUGACUCUGCUCAUGACAACCUAACCAAAGAUUAUAUAAAUGUAGCUGUGUUUCUUAGCAUUACAUGAAAAUGUGUGUGAAUAGGAACAAAUUGAGUUGUCCUCCUUAGCAGCAACUCUACUAGUGGUGGAGCCGUUUCCCAUUUCAUUAUUGUUUUUUCCUCAUAGAUUUGCAUAGUACUAUGUAUUUGCCAAAUCAUGUACAAUUCAGUUUCUUUCUACCACCAUGAAAGUUCAGACUA